GUCGGAGGCGUGAAGACCAGAGAAGUGAACAUCUUGGAGGGGCAAUUUCUCCAGCUUAUCGAGUGGAGGCUUCAUGUGACUCCCGAGGAGUUUGAUCAGUACAGGGCCCACGUCUGCAAUGCAUCAGGAACGCCUGCGGCAUCCAGGCGCGAAGUGAAUUUGCUCGAGCCCUCUCGAGAGCAAGGAAAAGCAGGGACCAAAUUUCGGCUUCCUCAGAGGCAGCUGGUGGUCGUAGCCUCCCGUGAGAUGGGGUUCCGGACACCGCAAUAUAGGACACUGGAAUCGUUUAUGCAGGGGAGGACCCAGCUCCCCAGAGUUUUCUGCUACCGAAGAACACGAUCUCUUGGAUCUUGGGACCCGGGUCUUUUUGCCGAGCUAAGACUCACCUGGGAUGGUGGCAGACUGGCCCCGACGCAAUGCUCAGAGAAUCUGAUCGCUAGAACUGGGUUUGGGGCCUUGGUGUUCUUGCAGAGGCCCCAGUCCAACCACCCAAACCCUAGGACACUUGCACGCCAGGCCGCUCGAGAAUGA